GCGACCAGACGUGUGUCAUACUGGCAAUGUUUUCAAAAUCAUUACUUUUUAUAGCACUUUUAAUUUACCAAACAAAAUGUGAAUUGAAGAUUUUUGAUCCUAAAUCUUGUGAACUUGGAACUUUAGUUAAAGAGAUUGAAUCUUAUGACGGUGUUGUAAAGAAGAUAUUGGACUACACAGUGUCUGGACCUUUCAAAGGGAAGACCUAUGAUGAAUUGGCAAAAUUUGUGGAUAAGUUUGGAGCUCGACCUUCAGGAACUGAUGUUCUUGAAAAAUCUAUUGAUUACAUGAUCGAAUUGACAAAGAAAGAAGGCUUAAAUGAUGUCAUCACCGAAGAAGUUAAGGUACCUCUUUGGGAAAGAGGUGAGGAGAAAAUAACUAUGCUUGAACCAAGAGAAAAGGACAUUGCUCUAUUGGGUCUCGGUAAAAGUGCCACUACACCACCAGAAGGGCUUACGGGUGAAGUUGUUGUAGUACGUAACUUUGAGGAGUUAGAAGGUAUCUCUGAAGAUAAAAUCAAAGGUAAAAUUGUGCUAUAUGUUCCUGUUUUUACGGCUUACGGAGAAACUGUAACAUACAGGUCUCAAGGAGCAUCGAAAGCAUCAGCAAAAGGAGCCAUUGCAAGUUUGGUGAGGUCGAUUACUCCCUACUCAUUGUAUACCCCUCACACUGGUUCUCAAACUUAUGCAGAUGGUGUGGUUCCCAUACCAACAGCAGCAAUCACCUUAGAAGACGCCGAUUUAAUUACGAGAAUGUAUGACAAAGGUGAAAAAGUUGUUCUAAAUAUUAAAAUGAGUUCAAAACUAGACGAAAAUAAGAUUUCGAGAAAUACGCUAAUCGAUUUGAAAGGAUCAGAAUACCCUGAAAAGUUGGUAAUCGUGUCAGGACAUAUUGAUAGUUGGGAUGUAGGUCAAGGAGCUAUGGAUGACGGUGGUGGUAUGUUCGUUAGUUGGGCUGCACCCGUGAUUUUAAAGAGACUGCACUUGACACCAAAACGAACAGUAAGAGCUAUUUUUUGGACUGCAGAAGAACUAGGUCUGAUAGGCGCCUACGCUUAUGAGAAAGCACAUAGAAAUGAAAGUGACAACAUUAAUUUUAUAAUGGAAUCUGAUGAAGGAACGUUUGCUCCUCUUGGUUUAGCUGUAAGUGGCACUCAAAAAGCUCGAUGCAUCAUUGCCGAAAUUUUGAAAUUAUUCAAAUCAAUAAAUGCUUCAACCCUUGUAGAAGAAAAUAGUCCUGGCUCUGAUAUUGCAAUAUUUACUGGUAAUGGCAUACCGGGAGCUAGUCUUCAUAAUGACAAUGGAAAAUAUUUUUGGUUCCAUCAUACUGAAGCUGACACUAUGAACGUUGAGAACCCAGACGAACUUGAUCUUGGAGCGGCUUUCUGGACAGCAGUAGCUUACAUCAUCGCAGACCUUUCUAUAGAUAUUCCACGAUAAAUCAUUUAGGAAGUUCGUGGGAGAUCUAUGAAUGUCAAUUUGACUUGCAUGUUUUAAAUACAAAUUGAUAAGAACACAGAACAUCUCUCUCAUUAAAAUA